AUGUACGUGAGCUACCUCCUGGACAAGGACGGGCCCAUGUACCCCGGCCCCGUUCGCCACUCGGGGGGGCUCAACCUGGCGGCGCAGAACUUCGUGGGCGCCGCGCAAUACGCGGACUACGGCGGCUACCAUGUGAACCUCGACGGCGCGCAGUCCCCCGGGCCGGCCUGGCCCGCGCCCUACGCCGCUCCGCUCCGCGACGACUGGGGGGCCUACGGGCAGGGAGCCCCGCCGCCCGCCGCCGCCGCCGCCGCCGCCGUGCACGGCCUCAACGGCGGCUCCCCGGCCGCGGCGAUGGCCUACAGCCCCGCCGACUUCCACCACCACCACCACCACCACCACCCGCACGCCCACCAUCACGCCGGCCCCGCGCCGCACUGCUCUGCCGGGGGGAUGCAGCCGCUCGGCACCGCCCCCGCCGCCGCCGCCGUCGCCGCCGCCUCCGCUGCCCCCGAGCCGCUGUCCCCCGGCGGGCAGCGCCGCGGCCUGUGCGAAUGGGUGAGAAAACCGGCGCAGGCAACGCUCGGUAGCCAAGUCAAAACCAGGACGAAGGACAAAUACCGCGUGGUGUACACGGACCACCAGCGGCUGGAGCUGGAGAAGGAGUUCCACUACAGCCGCUACAUCACCAUCCGGAGGAAAGCUGAGCUGGCCUCCAGCCUGGGGCUGUCGGAGAGGCAGGUGAAAAUCUGGUUCCAGAACCGUCGGGCGAAGGAGAGGAAGAUCAAUAAGAAGAAGCUGCAGCAAGCGCAGCCCGGCGCCGCGGAGCCGCUCAGCCCCGCCGCCCCUCCGUUGCCGGGACCCGCGGCCGCCCCGCCACCCGCCGGGCUGGGCCCUGCCGCCCCCCAGUGA